AUGAACUGGCUACGUUCGAUUCCCUUAUUUGCUCUUGCGGCAUUGCAAGCAAACGGAUACCCCCUUGUCGAACGACAGAGCACAGACGGCGCUUACAUUGUUACCCUCAAGAGCAGCCUCACCGCCGAAGCAACCGAAGGACAUGUCUCCUGGGCUACAGAGUUGAGCUCCAACGCUUUGCGCCGCCGCCAGGAAAAUGGAACGUCAAGCGACUUCAAAAAAUACCAGAUUCCAGGAUUCAAUGCUUACUCUGGCUACUUCGAUGCCGCCUCGAUCGGCGAGAUCGAAGCCAGUGAAGAAGUUGCGAAUGUGGAGCCAGACGUUCUUGUCUUCGCAACCGUCCUUACCUCACAAAGCAAUGCUCCUUGGGGACUUGGACGCAUCUCUACCCAGUCUGAGUCAGGUUCCGACACAUAUGUCUACGACACUAGUGCUGGAAGCGAUACUUAUGCGUACAUCAUUGAUUCUGGCAUCAACGUCGACCACGAAGAUUUCGGCGGUCGUGCUUCUCUCGGCGAGACCUUCGUAUCCGGAGCCCACGUAGAUGAUGCUGGCCAUGGAACACACGUUGCUGGUACGAUUGGUGGUAGCACGUAUGGAGUGGCCAAGAACACCAACUUGGUCUCUGUCAAAGUCUUCGACAGCUCCGGACAAUCCGCUACAUCCAUUAUCAUGUCGGCCUUCGAGUGGGCCGUCAACGACAUCGUCGGCGGCGGCCGAGCCGCACGUUCCGUCAUCAACAUGAGCCUGGGAACCACCAACCAGCCGAUCCAAGCAUUCAACGACAUGGUCGACGCCGCAAGUGAGCAGGGCGUCCUCAGCGUCGUUGCUGCCGGCAACGGCAUCGACGCCUCGAAUGUCUCGCCGGCAUCUGCUCCCUCAGCCAUCACCGUCGGCGCAGUCGAUAGCGACAACGCACGUGGCUACUUCUCCAACUUCGGCACCACCGUCGAUAUUCAUGGCCCAGGCGUGGACAUUACGUCGGCCUGGAUUGGGUCGAACAGCGCGGUCAACACCAUCAGUGGGACUUCGAUGGCCACGCCGCAUAUUGCUGGUCUCGCGGUCUACCUGAAGGCGCUGGAGUCUGGAUUGGACUCUGUCUCUGCCAUUACUGCCAGGAUCAUCGAACUUGCCACUGAGGGCCAGGUUAGUGACGUUAUGGGAAGCCCCAACUUGAUCGGAUACAAUGGCAACGGGCAGCAGUAG